AAAUCCUGGUAAAAUCUUUCUUAAUUAUAUUCAAGAUUCAACCAUCAGUAGAGCAUGAAAGUUCCAACAGGGAGACUUUAUUGCCUCAAAAAUCUGUCUUGGAUAGCAAUACCCGUUAGAUAAAUUCUGAUAAUUAGGGAGUUUUGAAUUUUUGGUUAUCUACCUUAUUUCAUUCUUCUAUUUUAAGGACAAAAUAUAGAAGAGGUGUCAUUUUACAUUUCGCCAUCUUCUAGUAGCUGGAGACUAUUCCUAUAAAUUCAAUUAAUUAUUGAUGUCCAACCAUUAAAGAUAAGGGUGGAAUCCCUUGGGUGUCUAGCGAUUCAAAGGUGCAAGAAAGAGAGAUUUUUUCUAGGAGACAAACACACCUUUGAAUUUUCUAAGGAAAUUGGAUAUAAGCGGCAUAGAAGUCAGAAUUUUGAAGCAGAACCAUGCUAGAUUCUUGCGUUGAUUCCAUAUAAUUAAUGCUGUUUCUUAUCCUGUAUACGUUAGUUCAAACUACUACAUCACGAUAAGCAAUUUGUCGAACUUAAGUGCACAAGUGCAUCAUAUCUUUUAUGUAAUUCCACUUUAUGAAAACCUAGUUGAAUGAAAAAUAAUGUCAUUCUCUUCCUGUGUAUGGAUAUGCCAAAAAUUCCAACUAGUGUUACCAUGCGACUGUCUCUUAGUUCUCCCUUAAGCUGGUUUUGGUUCACAUCAGUUAGAUCGGAAAAAAUUUCACAUGGAGGGUCCACAGAUAAAGUCAUCUGUCAAAGCUGAUGGUCUCUGCACUAAAUGCUUGAAUAAUUCAGCUUCCUAUCAAUUUCUAUGGACAUUUGAAUCAGGGGUUUAUAUCUAUCAGAGUAAAACUUUUAAGCAGGCACUUUGAGAGCAAAGGGUUUUUAUAUUGUAAUCCAUUGCCACUACAUAUGCAGUUCAAAUACUUAAAGACCAUGAGAAGUCGUGGAGCUUCUCUCUCUGUAGAGGAUAACUCCGAUUUUCUGAUCUCACCAGAUGGAGCCUUCCAAUGUGGUUUCUACCAAGUUGGUUCAAAUGCCUUCACCUUCUCAAUAUGGUUCGUUAAAUCAGCUGACAGGACUGUGGUUUGGAGCGCAAACCCCAACCAUCUUGUGCAUGGCAAAGGAUCUGCCGUUACAUUAAGGAAAGACGGCAACAUGGUCCUAACCGAUUACAACGGCGAGGUCAUUUGGGCCACCAAUACUUCUACUCCUCCCAAUCAUGCCCAACUGUUGGAAACCGGUAAUCUUGUCAUCAAGGACUCGAGCGGUGAAACUCUCUGGAAAAGCUUCGAUUUUCCCACCGAUACUUUGCUGCCUACUCAACCCAUCACUGCAAUCACAAAGCUGGUAUCUUCUAACCAAUCGCUUUCCUUGGGUUACUUUAGUUUUCGUUUCGUUGAAAACUAUAUACUCUCACUCACAUAUGAUACUCCUGAACUUUCCGACAUAUAUUGGCCUGAUCCUGACAAUAGUGUGUGGGUAAAUAAUAGAAUAGCCUUCAACAGUAGCAGGUGCGGAAGUCUUGAUGACUUGGGUCGGUUUUCUUCUAGUGAUAAAUUUACAUUCGAAGCUUCAGAUUUGGGUCCAGGGAUUAGGAGGAGGCUAACUUUAGACUAUGAUGGUAAUCUUAGGCUGUACAGCCUCAAUGAAUCGGAUAAGAGCUGGUCGGUUACAUGGAUGGCUCUUUCGCAAAUUUGUGAAAUACACGGUUUGUGUGGUAAAAACGGGAUUUGCAUGUAUGCUCCUAUGCCCGCAUGUUAUUGUCCUCCUGAUUACGAGAUGAGUGAUCCUAGUGAUUGGAGCAAAGGAUGCAAGCCCAAGUUCAAGAUGAUUUGUGGUAAUUCUCAGAAAGUGAUUUUUCAUCCACUUCCUAACACUGACUUUUGGGGGUCUGAUAUGGAUUACAGCACGUCCAUAUCUUUCAUGGCUUGCAAGAAGAAUUGCACGAAUUCUUGUUCUUGCGUAGCUUUCAUGUAUAAAUGGGGCACAGGAGAUUGCUAUCUAAAAGCUGCCCUCUUCAAUGGUAAGAACUCUUCUGCAUUCCUAGGCACGAUUUACCUCAAACUCCCCAAAAAAUUAACACUUUCAAAAAACUCUGUUCCUCGAGCACGUAAUCUUGUUUGCAAUGCAACAAAAGCAGUAGUUGAAUUAGCUUACUCUGACAAGUCUAGCACAAGUAGUGAUAAGACAACAUGGAAGUAUUUUUAUGCGUUCAUCUCGGCAUUUUUAGUUAUAGAAGCAUUUUUUAUCACUACUGGGUGGUGGUUUAUUUUCAGGAGAGAGCAGAUACCGUUAGAAAUAGAGGAAGGAUAUAAGGUGAUAAGUAGUCAGUUUCGAAGGUUCACCUACAAGGACUUGGAAAAGGCUACCGGAAAAUUUAAGCACGAGCUUGGGAGGGGAGGAUCAGGCACUGUCUAUAAGGGAGUACUAGACGAUGAAAGAGUAGUAGCUGUGAAGAAGUUGGAAGACAUAAUACAAGGAGAGGAAGUAUUUAAAGCUGAACUAAGUGUCAUAGGGAAGAUUAACCAUAUGAAUCUAGUGAGGAUGUGGGGAUUCUGUUCGGAACACUCGCACAAGAUGUUGGUAUCUGAGUAUGUUGAAAAUGGCUCCUUGGACAAGAUCUUAUUCGGUAGCGAGAGCACAAAUAGCCUGCUUGGGUGGAAGGAAAGGUACAAAAUUGCAGUAGGGGUGGCGAAAGGCUUGGCUUAUCUUCACCACGAGUGCUUAGAAUGGGUUAUACAUUGCGACGUGAAGCCCGAGAAUAUAUUGUUGGACCGAGAUUUUGAGCCCAAGAUCACAGAUUUUGGAUUGGCAAAACUGUUCCAGAGAAACGGGUCUGAUCCGAGUUUAUCAAGGAUUCGAGGGACUAGAGGUUAUAUUGCGCCCGAAUGGGCGUCUAGUCUUCCCAUCACAGGGAAAGUUGAUGUCUACAGCUACGGGGUAGUGCUUCUGGAAUUAGUGAAGGGACUAAGAGUUUCGGAUUGGGUGAUACGCAGGGAAGAAAAUGUAGAGAUAGCUUUACGAACUAUCGUUAAGAUGCUCGUGGAGAUACUGAAGAGUGGAGAGAGAUCUUGGAUUGAAGAUUUUGUGGACUCGAGAUUGAAUGACAACUUCAACUACUCACAGGCGCUGAUGAUGGUGAAGCUGGCAAUCGCUUGCUUGGAGGAGGACAGAAGUAAAAGGCCGAAUAUGGAAUCCGUGGUUCAAACCCUACUCUCUUCAGACGACGAAACCAACUCUCAUGCAACAAUUUUACUUUAAUAAGCUGCAGGGUCUUCUUUAGUCAGCGGAUGCUACUAGAUGUAAUCGAAUUUUCCCUCGCUUGCAAUGCUAGUUUGCUUCUCCCUAUGAUAUGCUGAAGUGCUUGUAUAGAAACAAGUAAUUAAUUGUUAAUUGCUCCUCUCUAUGAUAUGUUAAAAUGCCCGGAAUGCUAGUUUGCUCCUGUCUGUGGUAUGUUAAAGUGCUUGUAUAUGUUUGUCUUCUGCUUGUAAUGAAAUGGGCAUAUUAUGUUUAACUUUGUUUACAAUGCCAUGCGCAGAAUAUAUAAUAGCUGGGAAUUAUGCGCGAUC